GGGCAUUCUCAGUCACACGGUUGUCCCCAGUGCCUUGUAACCAGCAGAGACGCUUGCAGCCAUGGCUUUCAAUGGGACCUGGAAGAUUGACCGCAAUGAAAACUACGACAAGUUCAUGGAGCAGCUGGGUGUCAACGUGGUGAAACGCAAGCUGGGUGAGCACGACAACCUGAAGCUCACUUUUGAGCAAAAUGGGGACAAGUUUCACAUCAAAGAGUCCAGCACGUUCCGCACCAAAGAGAUCGACUUCACCCUGGGCGUUCAGUUUGACUACUCUAUGGCUGAUGGAACCGACCUCGUAGGCACAUGGGUGCUAGAGGGUGAUACGCUGAAAGGGACUUUCAACAGGAAAGAUAACAACAAGCUCCUGAUCACCACAAGAUCACUGGUUGGAGGAGAGCUUGUGCAGAGUUACAGCUAUGAAGGCGUGGACGCAAAACGAAUUUUCAAGAAGCAGUAACCAGGAUCCAGCUGUUUAUACUUGUACUUUUAUAUAGCUCACACAACUUUCUUUUCAUCUUAACAUUAGAGAACAACCAACCCUAAGGUGUAUUCUCAACUCAUUCAUUUUAUCUACCUGAAAAUGUUUUUAUAUAUAUGUACAAAUGCUUUUGGGGAUGAAUCAUUGUAAAGGUGCUGUACUGCCAAUACUUGAGUGAAACAAUAAACAGAAAGGUGUUGCCCCCUGACUUGACAACUGAUGACCUUGACAGACACAUUUUGUACUCCGUGUCCAGUUCUCAGGCCAGGUCAGGAAGUCUAAAUAAAGGGAGCUAAAAGAGCUGUUCCAACUGCAAA